AUGCAAGGUGCUGGGUGGGUAGAUGGAGAAAUCAUCAAGACCUUGUGGUCACUACUCAACAUUGCAUCCACUUCAGCCUGGGGCAUGAGUUCCCCACACCACCAGGAGCUGUUGGAUUUUCAGAUCAGCGAUUGCAACUUCAUGAAGAUGAUUUGCAUGGUCAAUAGUCUGAUAUGGAAACUGACAACUGUGAGGGUAGUGGUGGAGAUGGCAAAAUGGGCAUUCAAGACAUUGGAUGAAGCAGUGUCUGCAAUGCAAUGUGAUAUGUGGACCUACCAAGAGCAAGUGGCCUUCAGAGACCAAAUGGUUGACCCCUCCACCAUGGAUAUCUUUGAAGUGCAAAUGAAGAAGGCCCCAACAGUGCAUACCAUUGAACUGGAGUUUUUGAACAAUAUGACAUCAAGCAGAGCACAGCAUGGGAUGGGAAGUUGGCUUGCUCGCAGUCUCAGGUUGGAAGAAGUGGCAAUCACAUUGCACAUCAAUCAUCACAAUGUUGGUGUACAUGCACCAGAGCUGAAAAGAUUGGUAAUUGCAUGA